AUGGCGACAAUCACUAAGGCCACCUACCAAGCAACUUCGAGGAUGGAGCUGUAUCCUACAGAUGGGAUCCGGGACAUCAACUCAGGGUACAACACAACGGAAGGCAGCUUUGUCUCACUACCUGACGUUUGCACCGCUUCCUACAUUGAACCCAAGGGUAGAGCAGCACACUACCCCGACACCAAUUUGGAAAUUGAUAACACCACUCUGUUCCACCCUACAAACCCUGAUGCCACAAGCAGGAGCCACACUUUGCUGGCCUACACAUGA